UAAAUACCUCGCUUACACAGUCAACAAAUAUUCAAUGCAAACUGCAUUGAAGCCUACGCGGUGUUGGCUCUGAGCUCAAACGUAAUCAGAAAUUCAUUGCCACACUUAGGAAGCGCUGACAAACCAAAACUAUGGAGCGAAACCUACACUCAUAUGGCGAUCGUAAUAAUUCAACGCAAACUAACUUAGUUCUGCUACCGUCAUCAGGCAGGGCGGACAGAGUUAUGUGAUCGCAAGAAAAAUCAGUUCAGUGGCCUAUUUGAAGAACUUUCUUAUCCAUUCCAAUCCCCUUAUAAGGAAGAGACAUGUCUAAGCCAACCGUCACAAAUUUUAGCAACAGAACCGGAAGCCCAUACAGUAAGGACAAAAAUGAUGGACAAGAAAGCAGAGUGCACGAAGAAGUCCUACAGAAGACAAGUCAUGAUAUACAGAGGGAAAAGAAUAACGAGUUACUCCAGAAAGUUAAUAAGAAAACAGCGGAAUAUCAGUCCAAGCAACCGAGUUCGGGUGUGUUCACUGAAGUCGUAGCUCAUGGUGCGUUUAAUUCUAAGAAAAAUGAGAAGGAGAAAUCACCUAAAAUUGAUCCACCAUCCACAAAAGCGAAUAAUGCAAACAGUUCGAAAUCUUUAAUAGGCUUUCCAUCGUCGGCUAAUGAUUUAGCACUAGACGCAAAAUCGGACCUCGAAUCAGAUCCGAACAUUUCCAAAGAGGUCAAAGAAAAGGUUAUAGAGAAGAUGUUUACAUUAGUGUCGAUGGUUCAACAUGCUUACGAAUCUAAAGUGAGGAUAAUGACAGAAUUCGAUAAAUUUAAGGAUACGCAUUUGAGGAAUGAAGUGCGAAGGGAAAGAGAACAUUCAGAGCAGUUGUAUAAGUUGAAUAUGAAUUUUCAAAAUGAGGUGAUCCAGUCUGUGCAGCAGUUGAGAAGCGAACUGGAUUUGACGAGGAACAUCUCAAAUAACGCAGAUGACUCAGGCGCAGUGAGUUUUAAGGACACUUCGCUAAAUUAUGAUUCUGGUAUCUCGACUCACGAUAUUAGUAACUCUGACGCAAUAAAUAGUGACGAGACGGAAAUAGCUAAGUAGUAUGUAUUUAGUAUUUAGUGUAAAUGUUACCGCUAAUGUGCGUAAACCACUUGGCACUGAGAUUAGCUUAUUAAUUCGCAGAUUAUUUGGUUGAGUCCGCUAAAGUGUGAUAGCUUGUUUCGUUUCCCAGAUUAACUAGUUAAUGUGAGAUGUUGGCUAAUUCUAUUGUACACAAUUUCUAAGCUAAAUUAAAUUGACAGAUCUAAAUCUAUUGCUAUCUUUUUCCGCAGGGAGCAUUAUGAAAGGGAUAACAAUAUAUUUAAACCAUUCAUUCUAGUUUAGAGUAGUGAUUGUUUACAACACACACUAGGAAAUGUGCGAUGUAAUUAUAAAAUGUAGUCUAAGAAUAAAUUAUCAUUUAUUUCGUAAGUGAUGCAUACAAUUAGGUCAAAUGUAGCCCAGAACAAGAUCUGAAUACUUCGAUUCCACACAGCCUUGUCUAUCCUGCACCUAAAGUGUUUUUGUAAAGCGUGGAGCCAGUAGCUUGCAAAAGAAGCCCUGAUUACAACUGAACAGAAAUGAAGGCUUUGUCUUAUAGUCUACGAAACCGAAUGGAGCGAGAGGGGAAGUGGCCAGCGUAGCAAGUCUCCAUUAUUCGUAGCGAAUGCAAGUUGAGUAGGUGAAAGUCAAUAAAGGGACAACGGAGCAAAUUUUCUGGCGUAGCACAUUCAUAAAACUUGACACCCUUGAAAGAAAUCGAUGAAUGAGUCUGAUUUCUUUACUACUACUACAAUAUUUUUACUUAACUAUAACUAUGCUCCGCGAUUAGUAUACGUUAAAGUGCGCAUUACCUAGUUAAAGUGUAGAAAUUCCCAACAUUAACUUCUGUAUUUUAGCGGUAACAUAGGUAAUAUAUUAGUUUACCUUAUUUUCGCAAUGAAUAAUUAUCAAAAUCAUUUGAGAAUUCAGGUCGAUUUAGAAAUAUUUGGUAGUCUGUAAGUUUAAAACAACUUAAUUAAAUAAAGUGAUUUUG